CGUGAAAGUCCACCUUUGAUGCUGGCGCUUCGCUUCACGCAUGAUUCCGUGAGCGACAGCUUCCGUCCGUUUUCUGCGCAUGGCCCUGCGACCGGGUCGAUCAUUGAGGAAAAGAAUAGGCGCGUCCUUGACUCCAUGCGGGAAAUUGUCGAGAGAGAAUUUGCGAAGAGACGCCAGUUGCCCCGAGAUCUGGAUGUGCUGGACGUGUGUUUUCAUGAAGGGGACGUCUAUCUCGCCGGGACCGGGAAUCGCCGACUGACUAUGUGGCGAAUGUUAGCGCUGGCUGCACCAGAAAAUUUUGGUGUGAUAAAAGUGCGUCUCGUGAACAGAGACGACCCCAAGAUUCGUUUUUUCGAAAAGCUAACGGCCGUUUACAGUGGACGUUGGGUUGAAGCCAUAAAUGUUUCUGCUAGCUCGCAGCACGUUUUUGUGGGUCGUUGUCGCGAUGCUGGCACGGGUUGGCACAAAGGCGUGAAAAGCCGACAAGAGGAUGGUGUGAACGCUACUCAUAAACCUGCUGUUCAGUGGCCGGAGGCCCAGACUAUCAUGCGGAAAAUGGGGGAAAACAUGAAAGCUCUCCAUACCGAGAGUGCUUUAAACGCACGUGGACUGUUCAUUUCAUGAUGUUACCUCAAACUCUACUUCUAGUAGUAAGCGGUGAAGUUGCAACAGAAGUAAAAAUCACCUUCGCGCUCCAAAACUUUGUCUUUUAGCCCGAUAUCGCCGACAUUUGAG